AAACAAGCUUCACGGAGCGAAAGUGUAACGCCGCGGAGAACAGAAACGGAACCUGAGAACCAUGUUCGGGAGCCUGACUGCCGCCGCCUCCCUUCUCCUCCUGCUUGUGCCUGCGGCAGCAGGCCAAGACUGUUCCCAGCCCUGUGAGUGUCCCUCAGAGACCCCAACCUGCCCCAUAGGCACCAGCCUGCUCCUGGAUGGCUGUGGUUGCUGCAAGGUCUGUGCUAGACAGGUGGGGGAGCCCUGUUCUCCGCUGGAGCCCUGUGACCACCAUAGGCAGCUGUACUGUCUCUCCACCGCCCUGGGCAACAGCGACACUGGGGUCUGCAUGGCCCGUGAAGGUCAGACGUGCGCCCUGGGUGGGGUCCUGUACCGCAGCGGCGAGAGCUUCCAGCCGAGUUGCCGGCACCAGUGCGUCUGCAUGAAUGGCGAGAUCGGCUGCGUUCCAACAUGCGCAGUCAACGUGCGCCUACCGUCUCCCGCCUGCCCACACCCCCGGCGCGCGCUCAUACCCGGACAGUGCUGUGAGGAGUGGGUGUGCGACCCGGUCCCCAGCGACGGCCGCCUCCAGUCCAGCCUGCCCGAUUACAGAGACGCCCCAGAUUAUGGCCUGGAAGAUGAAGGCCCGCAAGCCAACUGCAUCACCCAGACCACCGAGUGGAGCGUGUGCUCCACCACCUGUGGCAUGGGGGUCUCCACCCGCGUCACCAACGACAACGAGGGCUGCCAGCUGGAGAAGCAGAGCCGGGUCUGCAUGAUCCGAAGGUGCCAAGCUGAACAGGGGGCCACUGCCAAGAGGGGGAAGCGGUGUCAGCGGAGCCCAAAAUCCCAGCAGGUCGUGCACUUCCAGCUGUCGGGCUGUACCAGCGUGCGGGCCUACAGGCCCCGGUUCUGCGGGACGUGCACGGACGGCCGGUGCUGCACGCCCAAGGACACAGUCACCGGCGAGGUGGAGUUCCGCUGCCCUGAGGGCGAUGGCUUCCGCCGCAAGAUGAUGUUCAUCAAGUCCUGCUCCUGUCAUCGCAACUGCCCCCAUGACAAUGACAUCUUCCUCACCACCCACCUCCGCCAGAUGAGCGGGGACUAUGAGAGCGGCAUGUGAGGGCCACGCCCAUGUCAGGACCACGCCCAUGUGAGGGCCACGCCCAUGUCAGGACCACGCCCAUGUGAGGGCCAUACCCAUGUCAGGGCCACGCCCAUGUGUGCUGGCAUUCACUGCAAACACGCAUACAAUAUGCAUUCUCUACACACGCUAGCACUACCUGCACUUGUGACACACAGACAUACACAUGCGCCGUUCUGUGCAUGGUUGUGUGCUGACCAGAGAUCUUCCAGGUCUCUCCAGAGAGGAGACCCUGCUAUCAGUGCACAAGUACUGACAGUCUGUUCAUGCAGAACUUAUAAAUAAGUCAUCGCCACACAGCAAAAAGCACUGAUAGCCUUGAGAUGACGCACCCCAGCUGUGUAUCGGACUUUGGAGCUGAGGGGUGUUGGGUCUCCAGAAAGACUGGUGCAGGGGCUGAUUUGGAAGGAUGGACCUGGAAAGCACAGCAGUGAUUUCACUCACAGAUUCCAUGAGCAUGCAGGACCCUUUGGGCUGCCCUCUAAAAUGCCUGAAAACGAGUUUAAUAAGUUCUAUCCAAUGAACAUGAGCAUUUUACAACGAGCAUUUUAAAUGCGGCUCAUUUGACAAUAUACUGUAUAUUGCUUAUCAUAUUUAUAUUUUAAUUGGAGGAAUAUUGUCUUAUGUAAAUACUGUAAAUAGCCCUUGUACAGUUUUGUACCAUAUUUAUGUUGAAUUCUUGAUUGCCCUUAUUAUAUUGUAGUCUAUCGCUAAAUCCACUACACUCCCUCCCCUACAGUGCAGUUGAGUAUAUAUUUCAGGCACCUAUGCACUUCCAAUAAAAGCUUAUAUUUUUUUAUGUGA